CCAGAUUUUUUGGCGUUUAUGCGUGAGUGUGGCGGUGAAGAGGUUGAUGAAGAGGACGACCCUGAAGAAGUGAGCAGAUCACAGUUGAAACUCCUGAACAUCGUGGACUUGACGAAUCUGAGUGACUCGGAAGACAUGGAUAGUGAUUCUGAAUCCCCAGCGCCAACUCCCCGCGCAGGUGCAGCUGGCGGAACGUGGUACCUCCCGACACUCGAUAGCGAGCGUAAACGGGCAAAACCGGAGAAGGUUAUGUGUGAGCUGUGCGAGGAAAGUGGCGUGCCGUCCAGGUUAAUCCGCUGCCCUACGUGCACAAAGUAUUAUCACAAGAAGUGUGCGAAGGAGAACGGAGACGAGAAUAUCUGCUGGAACUGUGAGCUUGGCUCGAUGAUUGACGAUAGCGAGCUGGAUGCAGAACACGACAAGCACGACAGUGAAUAUCUAGCGUAUUUAAGAGCUAUACGACGCGCUUCAUCGCCUGCUGAUGGCGAAGGCGAGGAAGAAGAGGAGGAAGAAGAAGAUGAAGAGGAGGAGGAGGAAGAAGAGGAGGGCGGCGAGAAUCAACGGGACGGAGACGAAGGCGCACCAGGCGGUGAAAAUGGUGAGGGGGCUUCUACUGGAGAGGGUGACGCAGAAGGGAAUAUCGCUCAGAAGAACCCAGGUAAGACGCGGUGGAUCGAGUUUAUUGGAGGAGCCACAGCGGACAUCGACGCAUCUUUCCACGAAGUUACGAACCGUAUCGCCGAUGAGCUUCGUGACGAGGAGAAGAAGCAGCUGUACUCUCGCGGUUUCGUGUCA